CAUCACUACAAAAAAUUUUCUGCUCGCAAAUUAAACAAAUUUUCGCGUAAUUUCCUCCGUCAUUUACUCGCAAAACCACUAAACAAGUGAAAUGUUCAUCGGAAUCCAUCGUUUUCCUGCCAAAUAAGUGUAAAAAACGUGCGAAAAAGUCUCGAACGAGCGAAAAACAAUUUUCGCGAAAGGAAGAAAGCAACAGGCUACACGCGCUGUACGACUCAGCUGUACGUCAGAACGGAAAAAUCGAUUUAAUUAUCGAAGAGGAAAAAUGCCCGCCGAAUACAUUCUAUUAUUGUCCAAUGUACCUUUUAGUAACGCAUUAGCUACGACGACAUCGAUAGUUAGCGGAAAAUAAGUUGUUGCAGUCAUUUAGUCUCGCCGCAAAGUUCAAUGACGAAACAUUUCUAAAAAAAUAUUCAAUAAAAAAAGUGAAAAUCAAGGAAAAAUCCAUCAUGGGAAAUAACUUAACUCAAAUAUUUCGUUCUGGCAGUGCCUUAUUGUCUAAUCGCGAUGGACACAAGGUUUCAGAAGGGACAGCUGACAAAGUUCAGACCAUCUUCGAUUGCCUACGAGCCAAUCCCAAGAUCACUGUGCAACGAUUGGAGGCAUUAUUGCUGCAAAUUCCAAAGUACGAAAAUAUUCUGGCAGUACACGACGAAGGCGGAUAUAAUUUGCUGCAAAAAUGUGUUGGAUUGAAUAACAUUGAGAUGGUGCGAUGGCUUCUGAAUCGUUACAAACCCGAUGUGAAUCGAUCUCCGUGCUCCCUGCCCUUGCAUAUCGCCUGUCUGAAAGGUCACGAAGAAUGCGUUGAAUUACUCCUGAAAUACGGUGCUCGUAUCGAUACUGAAGCGCGAAUGUGCUUUCCGGGUGCUCAUUCCCACAAUUGUGAGGAAAGUGGAAAAUAUAAAGGUCCCCAAGAUGAAGUUGGCUGUGAAGUUCGACCAAAUACCAAGCUACAAAAUGCUUUAUGCUACACACUCGAUGGCGAUCAUAUCAAUGUCCUAAAUACGUUGUCGCAAAAGUUGGAGGAGCCAUGGGUGCCAUUUCGGAAUAAUCGAAAGCCUCUUUUGCAUCUGGCAUGCGAGAAGGGAGCUUGGCGUUGCGUGCAACAUCUCGUCGUUACCAGAAGUGACGAAAUUAAUCUCAUUAAGGAUGAAUAUUAUCCAAUUCAUCAGGCUGUGUUACACGAUGGUCGUUUCCUCGAACUCCUAAUAAAUCAUGGUGCAGAGACAACUGUUCGUACUUGCACGCAGCAAAUGACUCUUUUACACGUUGUCAUUCUUGCCACGAAAAAAUCUGCCGAAGACACACUAAAUACCUUACGGAUAUUAUUGGAACGUGGAUGCAAAGAGUUAAUUAAUGCCCCCGAUUCGCUCGGAAACACGCCAUUGCAUGCGUUGAUCGUUCGUUAUGCCUUAGAGGAAGCAAAAUACGGCUACGACAAAUGGAACAAAUGGGACAUUUUACAUCUCGUGCGUUUUUUCCUGCAAAAUGGCGCAAAACAAAGCAUCAAUCAAACAGGCAACAGUGCCCUCGCAUGCGUUUUCCGGCACAUUCGUGACUGGGAAGUGUGUUAUGAGUUACUCAAUAUGCUAAUUAAGGAAGAUGGUGAUCCUAAUAUUGUUGGUCGUGACGGUUCAGUUCCUUUGAUGGUGUGUCUCGUACCAUUAAUUAACAAAGAUCCUUUGCAUCAUUUCACACAUUCAAUGAAGGUUUGUUAUUUGAACUGCAUUCGAAUACUCUUGCAACACGGAGCUAAUCCAAAUUGUUCAUAUCGAUCGAAUUUGACUCCGUUGCACGUCCUAAUAUUCACUGUGAGUGAGAAUUUCACGCUUAAUUGCGACAUCCAGAAACAAACCAACUUUGAUUUCAUCAAAAAUAUCCUGAUAUUAUUGCUGCAACAUGGUUUGGAUUGCAACAUCAUGUCGCAGAACAUCUUACAAAGUGUCCUCGAGAUGCUACAAAACGUUCGGAUGCAAAGUGUGGCUCUCGAUAUGACCUGCGUUUAUGAACUGAGUCUUGUUUUGCUUCAAUAUGGGGCUGAUCCGAGCAUUUGUUUGAGUAAUCGCAUCGCAUCGGGCAACAAUUAUCUCGCUUUGAACGACUUUUUGCUGGAAUUCGAUCGAGGACGUUCGUCACGUGCGGCAGACAAUGGCGGUCCCUCAUCAGCAUCCGGCUCCUCGGUGAACGGAAAUGGCAAUGGCGGCGCCAAUGGAAAUGACAGUUUACGAAAUUCGUUUCGAAACAACGCGAAAAAUUACCUUCUUUUCUAUUUCAUCAUGCUAAUCAUGCGCAAAGAGUUUAUCAUUGUCGAUCCUGAACAAACUUAUUCGCGCAUCAUUCAUUUGUUCUAUGUCUCAAUGAAACACGAACCACUGUACAACUGCUUAAAAAGUCUCCAUAAUCUCUUUAUUGUCCAAGUCCCGAACCGUUCGAUCGAAAAUCUCAGUAACAUCAUUUCGACAUUGUACAAACGCCCCAGAACACUGAAACAAAUGGCCCGCGUUUGCAUUUACGAACAACUUAACCGUAAAUUGGCGCAAAAUAUUAAUCAGCUGCAUUUGCCGCCGCCACUCAAGGAGUACAUGCUUAACUUUGAUCUCUAACCUCUAAUCGUAAGUAGUUACAAUCAAAUUCUGGAUUAAAAAAAAAAUACGAAUUUAAAAUCUUAUAAAGAUAUUAUUAAAGAAAAAUCAACACAGCUUACUGCUAAAAUUAACUAUAACUAAAAAAUAUUCAGAUAAAAAAUAUUAACAUUAACUUUUUACACGUCUCUGAUAUUACUUACUUACUACUGACACCCAAGAAAUAUUAAAGAAAAAAAAAUAAACAAUUCUUGCCUUUAAUUGAAAUUACAAAAGUUUAACACAAAAAGUUAGAAUUUGCUCAAAGCUGCAAAUUUGAAUUCUGCUCAAAAGCAAGACAGAAAUGUGUUUCUUUGAAUUUGACUAAUUAGCGAAAAUAAACAA